AUGGAAGGAUUUAAGAAGCAACUGAUCGCACAAUCGAGCGUACGUUUCAUGUAUGUGGGCGAUUUGACCGUUGGCCGGGCAUACCCAAUAACGAAGAUGUGUAAUCAAGAAACGCAGUACGGGAGGACUGCGAAGUUCACCCUCGACGACGGUCAGGAUGGUAUCAUUGAAGUCUUCCUCCCACGAUCAAUAGUCGUCAGCGACGAACAAGAUGCAUUGUAUAAUAUAGAUGGGAAUCAGACGUUAAGUCUGGUGUUCAACGGACGACGGGCUAGAUCGUUUAACUUAACCUUUAAGUUAUAUCUAGAGGAUGGUGAAGACGGUAGGUUAUUGGAAGUGUAUCUACCGAGGUCUAUAAAGCUCAGUAACGAAGAUGUCUUACGAUUCAACCAGGGUGGAGAUGAGAUGUUGAGCCUUAUUUUCAAAGGACGACGUGGACGGUCCUUCAAUAUUGGGUUUCAAUAA